AUGCGCACCAACAUAUUCUUGAGCCUUUAUCUGGCGUAUUUUGAGAUUGUUGUCUCGCAGCACGGAAACCCACGUCGUUCUUCAACAAGUAACUGGGAUGACGGACUCUCACUGGCGUCACCAACAUGGUACGAUCCCACGUCAGACAGCCCGGAUCCAUGGCAGUCUUACUUCUCAGACGGACAGACCUGGUCAGAGCCCUCGGAAACCACGACGGACUGGUCAGAUCCCUGGUUCAGCACCACGGACACUUUCUCCUGGUCUUACACCCAGGACUUCUCGAGCGUAGAAGAGACUCCCUUUCCGGAUCCAGCCAGUACAUGGGACCCCAACACAUCUUUUGAUUAUACAGACACGGCGAUAAGUACUCUAGACCCAGAGCCAACCCUUGGCCCGUGUUUGCAAGAUGACUGCAUGGAGGCUGCGAUGGAAUAUCCCAGCCAAUCGUUCGAGUUUUGCAUCGAAUACUUGGAAGCUGCGCCACCAGUACUUUCACCUCCGGUUCCUUACCCCCUAGAAGAGUCUUGCACACGGUUUGGAGCGGACAAUGCUCUGUCCAGCGUUUGUGAAUGUUUGCUCGUGCCUCCCACAUCAACUGGAGACGUUGGUCCUGCGACAACACUGUCUGAUCCAUGGGCGUACUCCUCAUCUUCGACACACAAGCGGAGGUCAUCGUCAACUCCAUGGGCAUAUCCACACCCACCUACUUCAUCCUAUGGAUGGGGCUCAACUAGCUCCACUGGAAAGGUUACUGUAACCAAGACGGUGACAACGACAGACUACAUUACGUACAUUUCUAGGUGCAGCACCCGGCCUCGGAGUAGCCAUUUCACUUUCCCAGACACUGUCACGGAGAUUUACACGCAGUACUACACGAUUGGGUGUCCAUUCACAGAAGCUACGAGUGAAAUUGCAGUGUAA